UCCAGUUCAGUGUGUGUCCCAGUCCAGUCCCCUCACUGAGCCCCAAUCCUCAUCACCCCCUGGUAGGUAGUGGGGCUCAGCACAGGCAGGCAAAGAAUGGAUGGGACCCAUCCGAUGAGAACCCGCACUGAGGAUCAUAUCCUAAGCAGAUACCCCCUUCCGACCCGGGGAUGUAGUGCUUUGAAACUAGAAAAUGCCUGGUCUGAAAGAGAGGAAAGAACAAGUCCAGCAAUACACAGGGCUCUGUGUAUUCAGAGGGAAGUUGGCAGGGUUGUGCUCGGGCAGAGAAACUCCGAGUGGUACAAAGGGACGUGCCCAGAGUGGAGAAAUCAUGCUAAUUGUGUGCGCCGGAGCUGGAGAACGCCACCCAAAAUGAAGAGAGAAAGGGGAGCCCCAUCCAGAGCCUUCAGUGCCUUGAGCCUCACUCCUUUUGUCUACCUUCUUCUGAUCCAGACAGAGCCGCUGGAGGGGGUGAACAUCACCAGCCCGGUGCGCCUGAUCCAUGGCACGGUGGGGAAGUCGGCCCUGCUCUCCGUGCAGUACAGCAGCACGAGCAGUGACAAGCCCGUGGUGAAGUGGCAGCUGAAGCGGGACAAGCCAGUGACCGUGGUACAGUCCAUUGGCACAGAGGUCAUUGGCACCUUACGGCCUGACUACCGAGACCGCAUCCGCCUCUUCGAAAAUGGCUCCCUGCUUCUCAGUGACCUGCAGCUGGCCGACGAGGGCACCUAUGAGGUUGAGAUCUCCAUCACGGAUGACACGUUCACCGGGGAGAAGACCAUCAACCUCACUGUGGAUGUGCCCAUUUCCAGGCCACAGGUGUUAGUGGCUUCCACCACUGUGCUGGAGCUCAGCGAGGCCUUCACCCUGAACUGCUCGCACGAGAACGGCACCAAGCCCAGCUACACCUGGCUGAAGGAUGGCAAACCCCUCCUCAAUGACUCGAGAAUGCUCCUGUCCCCUGACCACAAGGUGCUCACCAUCACCCGCGUGCUCAUGGAAGACGAUGACCUGUACAGCUGUGUCGUGGAGAACCCCAUCAGUGAGGGCCGCAGCCUGCCUAUCAAGAUCACCGUUUACAGAAGAAGCUCCCUCUACAUCAUCUUGUCCACAGGAGGCAUCUUCCUCCUUGUGACCUUAGUGACAGUCUGUGCCUGCUGGAAACCCUCCAAAAAGUCUGGGAAGAAGAGGAAGUUGGAGAAGCAGAGCUCCCUGGAAUAUAUGGACCAGAACGACGACCGUCUGAAACCAGAAGGUGAGCUCCCAGCCACCCACUCACCCAUCCCAUCGGCACUCAGAUCAGUGGGCUGCUGGGAAAAGGCAGAAGUGGGCCGCAAGGAAGCCAGCUGUGCAGGUCCCCUUCCUCCACCAAGUGCGCGAAGACUGCAGAGCAGGGAGACGUGCAGCCAAGCGGAUACCCUCCCACGGGGCGGCGAGCAGGAGCGGAAGAACCCCAUGGCUCUGUAUAUCCUGAAAGACAAGGACUCCCCGGAGCCCGAGGAGAACCCCGCCCCGGAGCCUCGGAGCACCACUGAGCCUGGCCCGCCGGGCUACUCUGUGUCGCCGGGAGUACCCGGCCGCUCGCCGGGGCUGCCCAUCCGCUCGGCCCGCCGCUACCCGCGCUCCCCCGCGCGCUCCCCAGCCACCGGCCGGACGCACACGUCGCCACCCCGGGCCCCGAGCUCGCCCGGCCGCUCGCGCAGCGCCUCGCGCACACUGCGGACUGCGGGCGUGCACCUGAUCCGCGAGCAAGAUGAGGCCAGCCCGGUGGAGAUCAGCGCCUGAGCCUCCUCGGGACCCCCGGGGUGGGGGCGCGCCCUGCAAAGAGGCGGGUGUCCAGGGAAGGCUGGGGGGUGGGGAGGCGCGACCGCUGCCGCCAGGGGAGGUCCCCGCGAGGGCGCGGGGGUCUCGCGUGGGGGCCAGCCUAGGCAUGGGGACGCAGUGGGGCAGCCAGGAGUGUCUCAAGUGGUGAAACCGGGUCGCGUUUGCUCCUGGUUUCACCGGCUGUGUUCUCAGUGGGUAUGGGCUGUGCCCUUUUAGGACCAUAUAGAUUAUUAAAUUUCUGGCCCAAUCCCCCAAGAGUCUUAUGGAAACUAACAUCAGUAACCUAACCCCCAUGACUCUCCUGUGCCCUUCCUACCGAGCUCUGUGCUCCUACCCACCUUCCUCCCCUCCGAGCCAACGCCUGUUCCCGGGACACUUUCUUGGCAAGCUCGGAUUAGAGAGGCCACUUACCCAAAAGGAACAGCUGUCCUAAACUUGCCAGUUAGUGGGUGCACAGAGGACAGUUCUGAGCAUCCGGGAAAUUAUUGUGAAGACAGUGCCUUAUAGCGCCCUGCUCUGGGCAUCUGGUACCUGGGUGCAUACCAGUUGGUGAGGCAGGAGUCAAAUUCAUUCCUUUGACCCCUGACCUGCGCCCUAGCAAGGGCAAAGGAUUCAACCCUCCAGAGCUUGAUGUCCUUCCAAAGCCUCCGUCAGUGGCUACCAAGCAUUCUUUCCUUCUCUAUUCCUAUAGAGAAGGAGGUUCUCACUCCCGUGACCCAGAAAGCUAGAUUAAGUGAAGAAAAAAAAUUGUUUUAAACCCUCACACCUAUGCCUUCUCCCUAGCUUCCUUACAAAACAAGCCUUUCAAACAAUCAGUAUCCCUGGGAAAGGUCCUUGGGCUUCCUUCAGCUCUAAGUGUGUAAGGUUCCAGUCUGCAGAAUGAUGGUGGGGAAGGGGAGGAGGAGGAGGCUUACUGCUGCCCACAAUGGUAAGGAGACAAACUCCAACGCUUGGCCUCCAGCCUCCCACUUGCCUUGUUCCAGGAUACUUAGAUCCCAGGAGAUAGGACAAGGGCCGACUCCCUAAUCACACAAGCAUAGAAUUACAGAGAUGUUGGGCCCCUGCGUCACCAGGUUAUGCCCAUGUCACUGUCUCUUGAACAGUUUGCAGGAGACACAGUAAUCUACUGUGUGAGCAGUGAGGACAAUUAAAAAUCUGUAAGAGAAGGAGGGCAUCUGUGUUCUAACCUCCCGUCCCUGAUGCCUGUAGGGGUCCUUGCAUCCCUGGCCACACCCCAAAUUCCUGAGCUCCAGCCCCGACUCUCCACCAUCCUACAGAGAAACACCCCUGUCCCCAACCACUCCACACUGGGGCAAGUUUUGUUCCAGCCGCAAGGGCAACAACAUUUCUAAUUGGCCCCCUUCACCCUUACCUCGACAGCAUGCCCCUCCCAGCUCCCUGUCCCCGUGCACUUCUCCAAGGCUCACUGAGCAGGUGCCUUUGCGGCUUUCCCUUCUUGGCCAGAACUGCUCCCCUAACUUUGGGUUCUUCAUCCAGAAUGAGAUCCUGCCUGCAGGGGAAAGUUGCUCAGGCAGGUGGAAGAUGCAGGGCUUGGAGAAGGGGUACAGGCUGUUCUGUUUUGAGAGGCAGGGUUGAAGUAAGGGGGGGAGGAGAGCAUGCCGUACCCCAUGGCUUGGGGCUAAAUCCCUGAGGGCCAGCUUCCCAGGCUCAAGCCAAAUCUGCCUUAAAUCUGGGGUUGGGGGGAUAAGUAAGGAAGUGGUUUUGUUUUUGUUUUGUUUUGUUUUGAUCUUCAUCUUUGUAUUACCAGCAUCUAGCAGAGUGCCUAGCACAUACUGGAUGUUCAAUAAACUUUUGAUGAAAUGAAAGGAC